ACUUAAAAAUGAAUGAUUUGACAAAUUGUACAAAAGCCCUCUUUUUUAUUUAACGAGGAUUAAACUUCCACAUGGGAAAAAAAAGUGUCACAUGCACAUGUAGAACAAUGACAGUGGAAAUAGGGUGGUAAAACUACAACUUCCUUCGCCCUCCCGACCUCUAAAAAUAAAUAAAUAAAAAGUAGGAUCCUGCUGAGAAACUACGAUACAUAUUUUAAAAAGCAUAUAAAUUUUCUUAAAUCAAUUAAAGAAAAAUUACUAAAAUUUAAAGAUAAAACGAAACAAUAGAUUUUUGCUGAAAAGAAAAAGAAAACCUUGGCGGGAAGCUAUAAAAGCUUAGCUAUACAAUCCUUACCUUUUAAAAACCGCUGUAGAAAUCAUUAUAAAACUAUGAAGCUAUUUUAAACUUCAAUCACACCUGUUGCUCGAAGAUGAUAGAAAAAAACAAACAAACAAAAACAAUGAGGAGGAAAAAGAAAAAUAUUGAGGGUAAUAACAAAAUUAAAAAAUUUUAAAUUUAGUUGUGUGGUUGUAAAUGUGUGGGGUAUAUUCUAACUUCCUUUUCAGUCUUUAUUACAUUAUCGUAGAUUGAUUAUCUUUUAUUUUACUUGUAACUUUCGGUUUUUGGUUCCAUAAUAGUAUAGAAAGAUAAAAAAAUAGGAAAUUCCCAAACAAGUUCAUUCACUUUGUUUUCCCUGUUUGCAAAUAUUAUAUAUGUUGUCGUCAUAUUAAAUUGUUAUUGGUUCAUGUAUUACUGAAAUCUUUUUUUUAUUUAGUUUUGUUUAUUAUAUAUAAUGGUCACAUAAACAAGUAGGAAUUUCUGUGAAUAGGGAGAACUAAAAAUUAAUUUUUUAUUACACUCGCUCUUAAUAAACAAUGACAUGGCGACGACUUAAUGUGAAAUUUCAGACAACUUCAUUACAUUUUCACAAAUAGGCCUGAUUAUUGUUUUUAGGGGUGAGUUAACUUCAAAGUGUUUCAUUCAAAGAUUUCAUGGUGAAACCACAUGCAUAUUUAAGCCAAUACGUCUACUAUAUCUCCGGAUGGGUAGGCCAUGUUGUUCCCAAAACUAUACAGGGUACAAUCGAUUCUAUAUAAAAACAAGGAUGGCAAACACGAGUUAAUACCAAUAGAUCUUUUAGCAAUAUGAAGUUGAUUGUGAAAAGCAUAAAUUUGAUGACAGACCUUCCAAUAUAAUAAAAGAGCUUUUAUGUAUAUACAAGUUAAAUUUAACUCGUUAAUUUCAAUAUAAUUAUGUCCAGCCCCUUUGGAACUGUGAGUCGAGGACGAAAUAGUUUUCGUUAAAGUCAAGUCGCGUAUGUCUAUGCUAUUUUGGAGAAUGAAUGAAGAAACUUGGUAGCUGGAAGGAGAUACAUUCUGUUUUUGAGUCGAAGUAGCCGAGCAUACGCUCAUAGCCGUACUGGACUUAACCUGUUUGCAUGUUAUCCUUUUUAAACUGCUUUUCAUUGAUUAUCUUAUCUCGUUAAGUCAUUAACACUUCGUGACGAUUUAGAUUGUCGAUAUUCUCGCAUUCAAAUCAAAUAUAAGAAAACGCUUAUAUUUAUCUGUAAUACCCUUUAUGUAAACAUUUAUCAGAUGUUUAUAAGGCUUAACUUUAUAAGACCAUGUUUAUUUUAUGAGAAACAUUGAACAUAAAAAGCAUGUACGUUUUAGGCUUAAAAUACGAAGUUGAAAAAUAUGGAUAGGAAUUGGUAAGAAAAUUUAAGAAGUUUUAUUCUGCUGAUAUUUGCUUAAAAAUAAAUGUUUUAUGUAACGACGGAUAUUUUGAUGAUCUUUUUUUUGAGGUAGUGUAAACUAGAUGUAAAGUUUGAUUUAUAAAUUCUGACGUGUUUGGUUGAUCUCUAUUUCACAGACACAUUAGAUAUUUAGAGCGAGAAAUAUGUUGUAAAAAGUGAUUGAGAAGCAUGUUCGCAUUUUUUAAAGAUGUGUUAUAUUAAAACUCACUUAAGUAUGAGUUUGGAUAACCAAUAUUUGCAUUGUUGCCUGAGGUUUUUGUAACGCAACAACAUAGCUUUAGCUGGUUGUCUGGUAGUCUCGUGUACUACGUGGGCUCUCUCCAUCUCGAAAUCUUCUCCUUCUCGAACAAGCUUCCUGGUCCUUUGUGCGUUUGAAACAACGACGGUCCACUGUUUACCAAUGGGUCGAGUAAAAAGAGGCUAAAGUUCCAGAUAAACUUGAAUGAGUACAGCACAGCUUUCUUCUCUUUUUCACGAUAGCGUAUCCAAUCCAGACAGGGAAUAGCAAUCGUGAUUUCAGAAAAACUUAUAACUUUUUUUUACAUGUAUUAUAUUAUAUUCUUAUUGUUAUGUUAUCUUUAGAAGAAUACAUAUAGCUAAAUAAACAACAUAUUUGAUGACGUAAGAUAGAAGGCAACGUUUUCUCACUAUGGCUGGCAUUUUAACCUACUUUCGUAAAGAUAAAAACAACAUGCCUUUAUUUGGCAAAAAGAAGUUUGACGAAAAGAUAACGAAAAAGUACAAAAUAUUAGAAGAACUUGGACGAGGUGCAUUCUCAGAAGUCUGCGCGUGUGAGAAUCUGUCAACAGGAAACAGAUAUGCAGUGAAAUGUAUUGCGAAAAAGAAUUUGCAAGGAAAGCAAGAAGUGACAUUGGAGAACGAAAUUGCUAUCAUGAAAAAAAUAAAACAUUCCAAUAUUGUCGGCUUAGUUGAAUUGUUUGACAAUCGUCACGUCGUCUAUCUGGUCAUGGAUUUAGUUACCGGUGGUGAACUGUUUGAUCGGAUAAUCGAGAAAGGCUUAUACACAGAAGCCGAUGCAUCUCACUUAGUCAAACAAAUUUUGGAGGCUGUGGAUUAUGUACACGAUUUAGGAAUUAUCCAUCGAGACUUGAAGCCGGAAAAUCUGCUUUACGCCAGUAAGGACGAAGAUUCAAAAAUAAUGAUCACAGACUUUGGAUUGGCUAAAGCUGUAGAUAACGAGGUUCAAUCAACAGCUUGUGGUACUCCUGGCUAUGUAGCUCCAGAAGUAUUGCAAAUGAAACCAUAUGGAAAAGCUGUAGAUUGCUGGGCAAUUGGUGUUAUUACCUAUAUACUAUUAUGUGGUUACCCACCUUUUUAUCACGAGGAUGACCAGGAACUGUACGCUCAAAUCAUGGAAGCAGAUUAUGAAUUUGACGCGCCAUACUGGGACGAUAUAUCGAAUGAAGCUAAAGACUUUGUAUCGUCUUUAAUGAUGUUGAAUGCAGAAAAAAGAUCCACGUGCAAACAAGCUCUACAACACCGUUGGAUAUGCGGAGGAGUUGCUGGUCAUAAAAAUAUACACCAAUCAGUAGCAGAGAAUAUUAAAAAACACUUCAACGCCAAAUCAAAAUGGAAGCAAGCGUUUAAUGCGGCAACAGCUAUUAGAAGAAUGCAGAAUCUGAAGUUUUAGUGACGAAAAAAAUGGAUUUUUAUUGGGUCGUCGUUAUGACACGAGCAAUUUUUGAUGCUGUGGUCAACAACAUACAACUAGCUGCAUUGCUAUACAGUCUGUGUAUAUGAAGACACGUAUAAAAAACAGUUUUAUUUAUGAACUUGCACACGCAAUAUACUGAUUCAGCUAUAAUUGUUCAUUAUUAUUCGUAGAGAUUUUUUAAGUACGGGAUUUUUUGGAAUAUAUAUGUAAACCUCACUGGUGGAAUUAGUUUUGUUAUAACAACGAAAAACAAACAAACAAGCAAAUAAAAGGGACAGAACGAAAGAGUUAAAAUUUCGACCAGGGUUUGUGUUAUGACUACCUAUAUUUUUCAUUUUCCCAUGCCUUUGCACUUCAUGGUUUCCAAUUCUGCUAUUACUUAUUUCAAUUUAGUUCUUUUUUAUAUGUUGUAUAAUUGCGGAUUGUAAAUAUAAGAAUGUAAAUAUGAACAAGAAAAAUCAAGAAAAUGUGUUGACCGCUUGUAUGUUACGUGCGAUAGUUUAACAAGAAAAUAAAGAUCCUGCUUUCAAGGGGCUACGAAA